CUCAAUUCGAUUUCCCCAACGGCGCAGUCCAUUAAACCCCCUCGCACAGGGGAAGACUGCUUAUCCACCACAUUCCUUUGAGGAGAUUCUGCGCGACCCGAAUCUGCCAAGAAAGCGAACUUGCACAUGCGAUUUUAAGGGGAGGAAACGAUCAGUUGAGGACACCGAUAGCACAACGCAGCCAUGGGGCCAACGCGGUCGUUACGGAGAAGUCCGAUCACAGUGGUUAUUGGUGUGGUGUUGAUAAUAUUCAUCUUCUUCUUUCUGCUGUCGCCUUCGAGUUCAGAUUCUGCUUCUGCACAGGUUCGAAAAGCCAGCGCAGCAUCAAAUCCUCUAUCCCCCCCUACAUCACCCUUUCGAAAGCAGAAUGAGAAGGCAAAUGGCAAGCGGAUACCACCUCCAGUGGUGCAUUACCACAUGAACAACGUUACCAGCUCGAGCGAUCCGUUGGCAAACAAGGAGACGAUUCUCAUUCUAACGCCCCUGGCCAAGUUCUAUCAAGAAUACUGGGACAAUCUCCUCCGACUCGAUUAUCCACAUGAGCUAAUAACAUUGGCCUUCAUCAUCCCCAAGAAUCGAGAGGGAAACGCGGCGACUGCGGCAUUGCAAGAACAGAUCGCCAAAACACAAAAAUCAAGCCCAAUCACGCAACGUUUCGCUAGCAUCAUCAUUGAGCGACAAGAUUUCGAUCCUCCUCUUCAAUCGCAAUCCGAAACCGAGAGACACAAGAUGGAGAACCAGAAGGCUAGACGAGCAGCCAUGUCUCGAGCAAGGAAUUCGCUGCUAUUCACAACCCUUGGCCCGUCAACCUCAUGGGUUCUCUGGCUGGAUGCCGAUAUCAUUGAGACACCGCCAUCUCUGAUCCAGGAUCUUGCCGCACACGACAAGCCAAUUAUCGUACCCAAUUGCUUCCAAAAAUUUAUCGAUCCCAAGAGCAAGAAACCUGCCGAGCGCCCAUAUGACUUCAACAGCUGGCAGGAUAGCGAGACAGCACGAAAGUUGGGGGAGAAGAUGGGUGCUGAUGAUAUUUUGUUGGAGGGCUACGCAUCAAUGGCUACAUAUAGGACAUUAAUGGCAUACUUGGCAACAGACGGAGGAGACCCCAAGCAGGAGAUUCCUCUGGAUGGUGUUGGAGGUACGGCUUUGUUGGUCAAGGCUGAGGUUCAUCGAGAUGGGGCGAUGUUUCCCCCUUUCCCAUUCUAUCAUUUGAUUGAAACUGAAGGGUUUGCAAAGAUGGCGAAGAGAUUGGGAUGGGCGGCUACAGGAUUACCAAAUUACAAGGUAUGUUUGGCCUAGCAGAAUACUCUUCUUGCGGUGUGGUACUGACAAAAUAUCAUAGGUAUACCACUACAAUGAGUGAGAUGUCCGGCACAGUCCACUCUUACCUUCACGAUAGAUAUCGAACUCGCACAUCGAAGAUACGACCUGCAGCCAACGAGAACCCGAGGGUGGAAGAUGCAUCGCGGCUAGCACUCAAGCUGCUCUGUGUAGGCAGAACGAAGAACGCAGUGCUGGUAGGGCGAGCUACGCAUAUGAGAUGAGAACGAAGGAUCCUGUUUGUGUAAACGGCGUUAUUGUGGCAUAGCAUUAUGUACUUUUUCAACCAGCUGCGGUUAAGGCUGGACUAGGAAUGAGCUGUCAAAGACAGUUGAGGCAGGAGGGCUUGUGUGUAUACCAUAGAGACAAGCUUUUGUCAUUUCUUCAGGAUUGUUCGUUAUAUAAUGGCAUGAUGAUGCAGCGGA